CUGGGUCAAACAGUACGACCCGGAUUGUUCGGUUGGGGGGCAAUACAGAGAGGAGAGGUGCUUAUGGGUUUUAUUGGAGGGGAAAGAGGAGUACGUCGUUGUGAGAGAGAGAUGAAGAGGUGGGUGUCGGGUUUAUUGGUGGGGAAAGAGGAUUACCUCAUACACAUUGCUCUAUUUGGGGCAUUUGCAGCCCUGUGCGCGAGAUCUGUGGGUCAGCAGAGAGAAAUUGAAACCCUAGAAUGGGAAAAGGAAGAGCUCCAGAAUAAGAACAAGGCCCUCAAGAACACCAUGUGGCAGUGGAAGCAGCACCUCUUCUCUCAAACCUCUCAUAACCCGGCUCUUUCUCUUUCUAGACUCAAAACCAUCUAUGGAGAAGUUGAUACCCAAACCCCGCAAGGGAUGGCCAAUGAAGCGGUUGGAAAAGAUUCCACAUUACAGGCAUCAAAGUUUGUCAUUUGAUUUGUCAUUUUGGAUUCGAAAGAGAGAUGUAUCACUAUCUCGUCUUGUUAGCAAUAAUGAGGUAAGUACUGAUGAUACAUAUUGAUAUAAAUGUUUUGAAAGGGGAACAUUGAGAGAGUACAAGACAAUUGCCAGUUUAUAAACACUGAUGUGAAUCAUCAUUCCCAGGUGUACCUUUUAUGUUAUUUACAAGUUACCCGUUUUCAGGUUAUGGGGUAUCCUUUUUUAUUCAAUUUGGAGUUUUUUUUUGUGGUGA